AUGAAUGGGGCAGCGCACCAGACGGUGAAGACGACAAUGGCCGCCGUGCAGCUCGAGGCCGACGCGAUCGGCGGCGAGUUGCGCCGGAUCCGAGAUGCUCUGAGAGACUAUCUCGACGAUAAGAUCCUUUUGCACAACCGCAAAGUCAAAGGCCCGACAACGAAAGGCGGACGGGAGUUUAUGGAAGACAUCUUGGGCUGUCUCGACCGAGUGUCCACAGGUGUCGAUAAGCAGCUCUCAUCACACAACACGCCUCCGCCGGCCAGAGGCCCCGAUACUCCGGUAUCUUACAACUCACCAGCUUCCCAUCCAGUUUUGCCACCGAACGGGCUACCAGAUGAUGGACCGCUGAGAAACCAGGAACAGGCAUCCUCACGACAGCCUUCACAACCUCUCGCGCCAUCACUAUCGCAACCCCCUCCGUCCCAGACCAAUGGGAGCGGCAGUCUCGCUCCUGUCCACCAUGCGGGACACCCAUCUGGAGCCUCACGGGUACUCGAACCUCCGGCUGUGUCGGUGGAAGUACCCUCUAAGCCGAAUACACCACCGACCCAUAACUCAGAGCCUGCAUCACCAUCACCUGCCUUGGCGAAUCAGCAUCCUCAUCAGUCACAACAGCCACAGCCAGAUUUCACCCCUCGGAGUCCAUUGAGCCCUCAAAGUCAGACGGAGAGUAAGGAUCAAGGUCAUACUGAGACACAGUCGCGAGGCAAAGCUCAGGCCAGCAAGAGUCAGACGCCACAGGACCGAGGCAUCACGUUGUCAAACGGAGCCGUCUAUCAUGAACCCAUCGUACAGCCACACGAGGCCUCACCCCUCUUUGACUGCAUGUACCAGGACGUCAACGACUUGAACGAGGAGCUCUUCGAACAGUACUCAAAUCACCCCGUCGUCAAGGACAGGGGGUAUUUCAAGCUCCAGGUCAGGGAGUUGCCUCCGCUCCAGGUACGAAAGGUUGAGCGCCCGAGCAAAGACCACGCAACCUCGUUCCGCUAUCUGGCCGACAAGCAGGGACUAGUCAAGGUCGACACGGGCAAGAAGAAACGGUUCACGCCUCCGCAUCUUCCAUUUCCUGUUUCGGCAAAGACGCAGUGGACUUUACAGGAACAAAAGGAGCUCUGGAACACCUCGGCGGCGAACCCUCCCAAGGGCACACGGGGUUACAUCAUUGGCAACCCGCUGUUCGAUGACAUCGAGCUCCAUCCUGGCAACAGGCUCAAAUCGAGAGGCCGGACCAUUCUCGAAGGCAUCAACACACAAUAUGUGUACUUCAAUUUGGAAGGACUAACUAUCACCACUAUGCAUCGAGAAGAUGCUCAUGUGAGGUCGGAGAAUCUCCUCCGGUCAGGCCAGCACAAGUUCUGGUGCUUUGUCAAGCCAGCCUUCUCAGACAGAUUGGAGGAGAGGAUGGCGGCCGCGUAUCCCGAGAUGCGCCGAUGCUCGCAGGCCGUCCGUCACCUCAGUCGCCACAUCCCACCAGCCAAACUGGAUGAAUGGGGCAUCGAGUACACUCUCGAUUACUGCAUCCCCGGCCAAGCGGUGGUCACAGAACCUGGGACGUACCAUCAGGUACUGAACCUGGGUCCGAACUAUGCUCUGGCGGUCAAUGUUGAGUACAUGUCAUCCCCCGAGGACCCUCCGAACUACCGUUUCUGUGACAGGAACUGCCCCGACCCGUUUGCCAUGAAGGCUACCGACUUUGGCAUAUACGGUGAUCCCAAUUGCCUGGCGGCGCAGGAGGAACAAGCCAGACUCUCUGGAGAGAGGCCAGACCAAGAGGAACAGGCCAGGAUGGCAGCACGGUCGUCCAUGUUUCAGUCUGCCCCAGAGCAGCCGUCACCACCAUCUCAAUCACCCCUAGCUGCACCCCAACUGACGCAAUCUGUCACCCCGCCGCCAGAGCAUAGCUCCUCUGCCGUCUGUGAGCCAUCUCAAUCCGGCUUGGUACGGCCGGAAGCACUUGUACAACGCCGCGAGCCGUCAAGCCAGCCGUUGGCGGAGCCCAAGGUGCAUACGUUUCAAGGUUUCCAACCUCCGCGAGAGAGCAGUCUCGGCUCGGUCCUUCGGUUACCGUCAGAGGCGGGGAUGGCGACUCCGUCUCAAACGGUUAAGCAACUCGACCCAUCGCCACAGCCCCCAGCGGCCCCGCCGCCGGUAGCCGUUGAACCUGCCACAAGGACAUCGGAGCCACGUCUAUCACAACCUCCAUCCGAACCAGCUCCUGGGUGGGAUAAUGCCGUGUUCCGCGCAGAACAACAAGACCUAGCACCUCGCUCACAGCUCCUGCGCCAUCCAAACACUUUCCUAGACGCCUCUGGACAACCCUUCCAGACCACCCAUCAGGCUGCCCCUUUCUCACAUCAUCAUAACCUCCCCUUGCUCCCUCCACCGCGACAAGCAAGCUCAGAGCCGCUUCGGAAAACCGCAAGGCUUGUUCAUAACAGAAGACCUGCACCGACGGAACCGCUAUCCCCUCGCUCGGCAAAGAGACAGCGCGUGAUGGAGUACUUGCGUUUUGAGGAUCCCUUCGGGGUAGAUCCGGAGCCAGAGAUGCCUCCGAGCUACUUCACUCAUGCCAGUUCAAGUCUUGCAACGCUACUUCGCUCAUGUCAAGAUGACGUGUACAACAACAUUCAGCCGCAGCAGGUGUCUGGAAGACCUGGCUUUGACCGGCUGGCGCGGCUCAUCAGUGACUGGAGACGUUGUGUGCGAGAACAGAACCCGACGCCGUUGGGCUUAGACCUUGUCACCAACCUCGACCGCGUUGCCGGGGAGGAGCCUGAGCUGAACACGUUUCUUGGUCGGUUCUGCAAAAUGAAGCUCGCAGAAUGGCUCGAUGCCAAAACUGAAGAGCAGGAACGAGCUAGGCCGGCCUUCCAGCCGGCACAGCAAGAUGCUACUGAUCUCUUGCUCCAAGAGCUUGGCUGGGCCGAAGCUGAGAGGCACACGCUGAACGACUACAUCCGAGAGGGCAAGUGCUGGAAGACAAUCUGCGGAGCCUACGGCGGCCUUCUCUGCGUCAUUCCACCCGAUCCAGCCUUUCAGCAGCUGGCUCUCUUUCAGGACCAGGUGCUGAUGUUUCACCAUCAGCUCAACGACCCGUUCCUUCGCGCUAUGUGCGCCGUAGGCAAGACCCUACAAGGCUGCAUCUGGGAGAGCCGCGAACUGCCCGCCUUUGUUUUCGAGUCUGAAGACACCAUUGCCCUCUCGACCGAGGAGCUGGGGCCGAUGCUCAAGCAGUACAAAUACAUCACGGCUAACGUCUUCAACCCUCAUGCGCCAUACGAAUGGCCAAAGCCAGUGGGCUGGAAGGCGUCUUGGCACUGGCCGGUGGACCCGACAGCUGUGCUCCAUGAGAAGUGGUGCAACGUCUGUAAGAAGAAGAAGUCAUGUCGUUGUCACGCGAGGUUUGUACCAGCCAUCCCACGGGUGUCGAUUGACGGGAGCAAGGGCAACGGGGUGCGUGUUAUGGGAAUGUUUAGAGCUAAUGACAUCAUCGGCGAGAUGCUGGGCGAGCUGGUGCCUCCCGGAGCGAUCCCUAAUCGGGAGUGGACGAUGGAAUUUCGGCGUCCGGAUCUUGACGAUGUUGUCGUGGCUGAGCUCUACUCCAAGGAGCAGGGCAACUGGGCGCGGGUUGUGAGGCAUUCCGCCCAUCCUUCCUGCGAGAUUUCCAUCAGGAAGAUGGAAGGCAAGUGGAGGAUGCUGAUUGUUGCCAGCAGGCAGCUGUUUGACGGUGAAGAGAUAACUGUCAAAUACGGUCGUGGGUAUCACAGGAACCAGGCCUAUGGCAUUGUUGAAGGGUUCUGA